GUUGUACAUAAUGUUCUGUCUUUUUGCUGUUGCUCAUCAAGGGUCAAAAGCUCGUCAUCAUUGUCUUUAAAAACUUAUUAUAAAAUGUCGAAAGUAACUUUCAAGAUUACUCUUACGUCCGAUCCCAAAUUACCUUUUAAAGUACUUAGUGUUCCUGAAGCUACACCAUUUACACAUGUUUUAAAAUUUGCUGCUGAAGAGUUUAAGGUUGCUCCUGCCACGAGCGCUAUCAUAACAAAUGAUGGUAUUGGUAUCAACCCAUCUCAAAGUGCAGGAAAUGUUUUUCUAAAGCAUGGUUCGGAACUUCGACUAAUUCCAAGAGAUAGAGUGGGCAUGUAGAGUGAUGAAAUGGCUUUUUGUCACAUAAUUUAUUAUUGCAGAAGAUUUGGGUAAAAGUGUAUACUUAAAUUGUCGUAUUCAGAAUAAGGAAAAUCAAAUCAGUUUACGACAAAAGUAAAUAAAAACUACGAAAACUA